CCCUCGGCGAGCUCGCCGGCGAUGCGGCCGGCGGCGCCGGCCAGGCAUCCGUCCGCCUCGUCCUCCUCUUACAGACAGCAAGAGCCGCGCGCGGAGAACCCCCUCCUCCUCCUCCCCUCCUCCCGCGCCGCCAAGCUCUCCCUCGGCUGCCCCGUCCUCGACCGCCUCCUCUCCGGCGGCCUCCCCGCCGCCUCCGUCAUCGAGAUCGCCGGCGAGUCCGCCUCCGGGAAGACCCAGCUCUGCCUCCAGCUCGCGCUCCUCGCGCCCCUUUCCCCGCUGUCCGCCUCCUGCCUCUUCCUCCACUCCGACCUCCCGUUCCCCCUCCGCCGCCUCCGCGGCCUCGCCCCCAAAUCCCGCCCCGACCUCCUCGACCACGUCCUCGUCGCGGCGGCCCACUCCCCUUCCGACCUCAUCUCCCUCCUCUCCCGCGCGCAGCGCCUGCUCGACCACCCUGGCGGCUCCCCGCGCCGCCUCCCCGUCCGCCUCAUCCUCAUCGACUCCAUCGCCUCCCUUUUCCGCGCCGACUUCGACGCCUCACCCGCCGACCUCAAGCGCCGGUCCGCGCUGUUCUUCCGGAUAUCCGCGAAACUGAAGGAGCUGGCGCACAGGCACCAGUGCGUGGUGGUGGUAACCAACCAGGUGGUGGACGUGGUGGAGGGGGAGGCCGGGAACACGGUGGCGUGGUCGUCGGGGCGGCGGGUGAGCCCCGCACUGGGGCUCGCCUGGGCCAACUGCGUCAACACUAGGCUGUUCCUGACACGGGAUGCGGAUGGCAGCGUCAACACUCGGCGGAUGAAGGUGGCAUUUGCACCACACCUGCCGGAGAGGGCCUGCGAGUUUGUGAUACGGAGAGACGGCGUGUUCGGUGUCGAGCCGUCAGAAAGGUGCAGCUGAAAUUCAUGGAUGAGCAGAUGGACAACGAGGAGCUCAACCUAAGUUUGUCGCUCCAGCCAUCAUAUCCUUCAAGGUUUCG